GUUUAAUUACAUAUAUAGUUAUUUGAAGUCCAAAAUAGAAAGAACAUAUACGAAGGUUAAGGAUCAAACUCCAGUGAUGUUCACGUUUGAGAUAAUGUUGGUUUAUGUUAAAAUGAAUGCUGAAUGGAAACAUGGAACGUUCUAGUUCAAGAGAAGGUUCGACAGUCUCAACGGAGACAACUUGGCAAGACAAGCUCAUUGUUGCAGCAAUUGACUUUGGGACAACAUUUAGUGGUUUCGUUCUGUCCUUUCUCGAUGAUUAUCGGCAAGAUAAAACUAGUCAUAUUCUUUCACACGAAUGGUCUAGUGGAGAGGGUAGUCGAACUGCAAAGACUCCGACUGCUGUCUUGCUGAAGCCCGAUACGUCGUUGGACUCCUUUGGAUAUGAAGCGGAAAAUCGGUUUCUUUCUGAAAACGUUGAUGACGAUGAGGAUGAUGAGCAAUCUGACCGUAGUGAUAUUGUUGAUCCUGAAACCUGGUACUUCUUCCGAAACUUCAAAAUGAAAUUGUAUGGUGACAAGCUUCGCAAUCCUAUCACUUUCGACAGUAAAAUACCGGACGAGAGAGGACGGGAGCUUUCUGCAAUUUUGGUGUUCUCAAGAGCAAUUGCCUAUAUGAAGAUGAAGAUAUUCGAAGUCGUAUCAGAGAGGUUUCCAAAACUUAGAGAGGAUGACAUUUAUUACGUUAUGACAUGUCCCGCCAUUUGGUCAGAAACUUCGAAGCAAUUUAUGUCUGAUGCAGCUGAAAAGGCCGGAAUUCCAUACAACCACAUACGCAUCGCUCUAGAGCCAGAGUGCGCAGCUGUUUAUAUGUUGACAAAGGAAGUACCGUCUCUAAGUUCCUCAUUACGAGAGCGUUUUCCAAUGAAUGAAGGAGAUUGCUACAUAGUGGCUGAUUUGGGAGGUGGAACUUUAGACAUAGCAGCACAUAGAAUCAACGAGAACCGAAAAUACGACGAAAUAAUGACUCCCGAUGGAGGACCUUACGGGGGCAACAACAUCAACCAUAAGUUUGAGCAGUUCCUGAUAUCCAUUUCAGGCGCCCCGGCAUAUGUAAAUUUUACGGAAAAACACUCACAGGAUUACCUCUAUCUAAUGAGGAGUUUUGAACACAAGAAGUAUGGGUUUCCAGGUGAUGCAAGUAAAGCAAGCGUGACCAUGAGAAUGCCGUUUUCAUUCGUCGAAUGUCAUAGGGAAGAAAACCACGAAUCAUUUCAGGAAUCUGUACGUCAAACUUCGUUUUCAAAAUCUGUUAUCCUGAAAAGAGAUACCAUAACAGUUAAGAAACCACAGUUUGAGAGUCUCUUUGAAGAAACGUUGGUGCAGAUUGAAGAUAAGCUUGCUAGGGUGAUGGAAAAGCUUUCAAAACGAUACAAUAUCAAAGCAAUAUUUUGUGUUGGAGGCUUUUCCGACUGUAAACUCGUUAAAGAGAAAAUUAAAGUGAAAUUUUCCAACAGACACCUUGUGAUUAUCCCUGCCGAGGCAAACGUUGCAAUCAUGAAGGGAGCAGUUAUAUACGGAAGAGAUGAAAGAAUAAUAGAAACGCGCAUCAGCAAAUACACGUUUGGUUUGGAUUGGAAUGAAGACUUCGAUCCUAAAGUCCACCCUGUAAGCAAGCGGGAAUACACGGAUGACGGAUACAUGUGCAAAGAUAUUUUUAAGGUGAUUGCUAAAGUAAAUGACCCAAUACCAACCAGCAAACCAACGAAAAUAAUCGAGUCAUAUGUGAAGACAGCUUCACAGACAGCUAUGGAGUUUCCGUUCUAUAGAACUCUUACUGAUCCCCCGCCAAGGUUCAUUGAUGAGCCAAACUGUUAUUUUAUGGGCUCAAUGAAGGUAUCUUUGGAAGACACUACAGGAGGAACAGACCGGUUUGUGACAUUGAAGAUAUUCCUAGGAGCGACGACGCUUCGAGCUGAAGCCAUUGACAACAAGGGCAGGACCCAUAGGGUUAAAUUUUUGCUUGACGAAUCACAGGUUUAAUGCAUGGAUUUGGAAGAUUUCAGUUUGUCAUAUGGUGAUGAUCUUUUGUUUGAAGAAUUCCAACGAUUAUACUAAGUGAAGAAAAUAUUUGUUCAGUAAUAUAAUUGCUUUUUUUCGUUUAGACAUUUAACAUAUAUGUCAUGAAUGAUAUUGUUGAAAAAGUAGUUAUAUUUAGAGCGAAACCCAUGACAUUUUUUCAACAUAAAAAACGAUUGAAAAGUGUAAAAAGCAAAUACAUUGUGUAAUGUCGGUUGUGAUAUUUUUUUAUUAUGCCGGUUGAACAUGUUUUUAUAUUUCUGUUGUAAGAGGCAAUUGCUUUUCUAAUUUGUUGUAAAAAAAUAGAAACUGA